AUGACAGGAGGGUCCCGAGAGGGCCUCGAUCCCCCCAGAGGACAGAGCAGCAAUGCCGGGAGCUGCCCAAGGGCCAGAGGCCCCGGGGCGGGAGAAGAGGAGAGGGCGGGAGAUGGGGGUCCAGGCGUCCCCGGCCCCGCCACGGGACGCUCAGCCUUCGUCCGGCCGGGAGCCAGAGGCCUUCUUAUCCCGCGGCCUCCAUCAGUGGGCACCGGCCUCGAGGAUGCUGGGAUUGCGGCCCUGCCCCUUCUCUGGGAGGAGUCCGCGAGCUUCCGAGCCCACAAAGACACAGGACGGGAAAGCUGGACUUGUCCGGACCAUUCGCGGUCCAACCGCCGCUGGACUAACAGAUGCUGGGGCCAUAGUCAGUCUGGUCAGCCCAACCACCCUGGAACCCACCGGGCAUCGGAGCCACAUACGGUCAGUCCGGUCAGCCCGACCGCCCUGGAACCCGCCGGGCGUCGGAGCCACGUCCGGUCAGUCCGGUCAGCCCGACCGCCCUGGAACCCGCCGGGCGUCGGAGCCACGUCCGGUCAGUCCGGUCAGCCCGACCGCCCUGGAACCCGCCGGGCGUCGGAGCCACGUCCGGUCAGUCCGGUCAGCCCGACCACCCUGGAAACCACCAGGCGUCGGAGCCACGUCCGGUCAGUCCGGUCAGCCCGACCGCCCUGGAACCCGCCGGGCGUCGGAGCCACGUCCGGUCAGUCCGGUCAGUCCAACCGCCCUGGAAGCCGCCGGGCGUCGGAGCCACGUACGGUCAGUCCGGUCAGUCCGACCGCCCUGGAACCCGCCGGGCGUCGGAGCCACGUACGACAAGGCCGGUCCCUCCUCUCCGGGACGUCCCUGGAGCAGACGUCGCGUCCCUUUCCGUCGGAGGAGGGGGACACGGGGGAACCCCCAGACUCAUCGGGUUCCCGAGGCCGGGGACAGAGGUUUAGAGCUGAGUGUUCAGGCAGCCGUGGGGGAGGGGAUUCACCUGAUCAGAAACCCGAAGCUCUCUCAUCCCCCGGGGACUGUAGACACGUCACUUUCCCUCAGUUUGUAAUGUCCAUGGGCCCGAUGAGAGAACCCGGCCUCCGGGCUGAUGUCCUCCUGCAGAGGGGAACCAAGCCCAAGGUCGGACGGGCCGAGCCAGGCCCGGGGCCCGAGGUCGGACGGGCAGAGCGGGCCGAGCUGGGCCCGGGGCCCGAGGUCGGACGGGCAGAGCGGGCCGAGCCGGGCCCGGGGCCUGAGGUCGGACGGGCAGAGCCAGGCCCAGGGCCCGAGGUCGGACGGGCAGAGCCGGGCCCGGAGCCCGAGGUCGGACGGGCAGAGCCAGGCCCGGGGCCCGAGGUCGGACGGGCAGAGCGGGCAGAGCCGGGCCCGGAGCCCGAGGUCGGACGGGCAGAGCGGGCCGAGCCGGGCCCGGGGCCCGAGGUCGGACGGGCAGAGCGGGCCGAGCCGGGCCCGGGGCCCGAGGUCGGACGGGCAGAGCCAGGCCCAGGGCCCGAGGUCGGACGGGCAGAGCGGGCAGAGCCGGGCCCGGGGCCCGAGGUCGGACGGGCAGAGCGGGCCGAGCCGGGCCCGGGGCCCGAGGUCGGACGGGCAGAGUGGGCAGAGCCGGGCCCGGGGCCCGAGGUCGGACGGGCAGAGUGGGCAGAGCCGGGCCCGGGGCCUGAGGUCGGACGGGCAGAGUGGGCAGAGCCGGGCCCGGAGCCCGAGGGAGAGCACCCAACAAACGCCGAGGUCGCGCUUCCUGGAAGCUUGAGUCAAAAACAAAGGCCGGAGGAGGCCUCGGAGUCGGGGAAGGGCCCGCACGGGACCAGAGGGGCGGAGCUCCGGGCGCUCCGCGGGAGUCGGGCUUCAGACCCGUUUUGGGACAGACGGGCCCGGACUCACCUGGAGCAGGAAGGCGGCAGGGCCGGGUCUGACCGCGGGCCUGGGCGAGGGGCCGGGGAGUGGGGGAACCAGGCUCCUCUCUGGCCCCCCCUUACCCAGGACCCCGCUCCAUCGCCGCAGGCCUGUGACCCACAGACAGAACCCCUUGGGGAUGAGGGGCACCCUCCGAACCUCCCCCCAGGGACACCCCCCACCCAUCACCCACCCCGGCCCCGGCCACUGCCCAGUAGCCAGAACCCUGCAGCCCAACGGAGGACGUUCCGCGGCCCUUCUCUGGCUCACGUCUGGUCUCGGGGACGGAAGGGCCGGGUUCCAGAGCAGGACCGCGAGAUGCCGGCACCGGAGGCCCCUGCGAGGCGCCCGCCGCCCGUGAAAGGAGGGGAAGUGAGCGGCCUGGGGUCACCGGGGGUCACGGGGGGGGGGGGGGGGCAGGCGCUCCGCCAAGUGGGCGCAGAAGGCGCCGGGGGAGAACAGAGCCCGGGAAGCGUCGUUCGAUGA